AUGAGAUACUUCGCCGUCUCCACCGAUGGGCCCCACGCUUUAUGGCCCAUCGAUUGGAUACAAGCAGGGAUGUUCCCGCAGCUGAUCUAUAUUCCGUCGAUCAAUGUGCGAAUCCGGAGUAUUCUCCGUGAGCUGAAGAUCCUCCAUGAGCUGAACUGUGCCGAGUUUUGGUAUCACAAGGGAAAUCCGGAUCCUGUAUUACUGUCAGAUGUUCUGUCUGCCGAGCUGAACCAAUUCGACUUCUGGGUCCAGUAUGCCGCUGCAGCAUACUAUAUCGAUGUUUACGCGGCUCAAGUGGGCGCUAAGAUCAGUUGCUCGAAAGGCAACUGCCCCCAAGUGGAGGAAGCCGGUGCAACUGUAUUCUAUGACUUUUCCAGCACCACCAUCACAGAUACCGCCGGCUUCAUCGCAGUAGACCACACCAACGCGGCUAUUGUUCUCUCCUUCCGUGGAUCCUACUCAAUUCGCAACUGGAUCACCGAUGUUACAUUCAUAUACACAAACCCUGGUCUCUGUAAGGGAUGUUUCGCCGAGCUUGGCUUCUGGAGUUCCUGGAAACUAGUCCGCGACGAUGUCAUGAAAGAGCUGAAAGAAGCCGUCGCCCAGAACCCCAGCUACGAGCUGGUCGUUGUGGGCCACAGUCUCGGCGCCGCUGUGGCAACACUUGCUGCUGCUGAUCUCCGGGGCAAAGGGUAUCCGUCGGCUAAGCUGUACGCGUAUGCCUCGCCUCGCGUGGCUAACAAGGCAUUGGCCAAAUAUAUCACGGCACAGGGGAAUAACUACCGUUUUACUCAUACCAAUGACCCGGUUCCUAAGCUGCCUUUGUUGGCUAUGGGCUAUGUUCAUAUCAGUCCUGAGUAUUGGAUCACAUCGCCCAACAAUGCUACCGUCAAUACUUCUGAUAUUAAGGUUAUUGAGGGAGAUGUCACAUUUGACGGCAACACUGGGACUGGUCUGCCAUUGCUGAAGGAUUUUGAGGCGCACAUCUGGUAUUUUGUGCAGGUUGAUGCUGGCAAGGGCGAUGGGUUGCCGUUCAGGGCAUAA